CUCCAUUUAACCUCUGCUGGGGAAUAAUUGGUAGCUGGCACCCUUUCUCUCUGCGGCAGGAAACGCGAGACGAUGCAACCUACACCGAGACGCGCCAGUUUGUCUUGUACCAUGUUGGGGUGUGCGGCGCAGCUUAUCACACUCCUCGCCUUCGCUAUUGGCGGGGCGGUGGCCCAGCAUGACCAAGAGGUGGUGUGUUACCUCGGGUCCUGGGCGGUGUACAGACCCGGACUCGGCAAAUUCAGCAUUGAGGACAUCGACCCCACGCUGUGCACAUCUCUCAUCUACGCCUUCGUUGGCAUCGACAACACCACCUACACCAUGAAGUCCCUCGACCCGCAGUACGACUUCACAAAAAGGGCCCUUGAGAGGUUCGUGGACAAGAAGAGCCUGAACCCGCGGCUGAAGGUGCUCCUUGCGGUGGGCGGCUGGACGGAGGGGUCCACGAAAUACUCGGCCAUGGCCGCCUCGCCCGCCACCAGGCAGGCUUUCAUCAAGUCCGCGAUCAAAUUCAUCGAAGAUAAUGGUUUUGAUGGCCUUGACCUGGACUGGGAGUACCCUGCCAACAGGGGAGGGAAGCCUGAGGACAAGGAGAACUUUGUCACACUGGUCAAGGAACUUCGCAAAGAAUUUUCACCAAGAGGCUGGAUGUUGACAGCAGCUCUGGCUGCAGGAAAAUCAACCAUUGAGACGGCCUAUGAUAUAGAUGACCUGGCAGAGGAACUUGACUUCAUGCACAUCAUGGCCUAUGACUACCAUGGCAAGUGGGACGGCCGCACAGGACACAAUGCGCCGCUCUAUUCCCGUGACGACGAGCCCGAGGAGGAGAAGUCCCUCAAUGUGGAUGCCACCAUAAAGCUGUACCUGUCCUCUGGUGCUCCCCCGAACAAGCUGGUGUUGGGUCUUGGCCUGUAUGGACGCACCUUCCUCCUCAGAGACCCAGUCAACCCAGGUAUCAGUGCCCCCUCGCACUCCACCGCCUUUGCUGGACAAUACACCCGAGAGGACGGCUUCCUCGGCUACAACGAGAUCUGUGAGAAACAAACCACCGAAAAAGGACUCUGGCAAAUAGUGUGGCAGAAAGCCCACCAGGUACCGUACAUGUUCCGCAACGACAUGUGGGUUGGCUACGACGAUGAUAUUUCCCUUAGCCUCAAGGCAGCAUAUGCCCAGCAGCUCGGCCUUGGCGGAGUUAUGAUCUGGUCCAUCGACACUGACGACUUCACAGGGAGCUGCUCCCAGAAUGGCAUCAAGUACCCAAUGCUGCGGGCCAUCAACCAGGCUCUGAGCGCCCACGUCGACAAGCGCCCGACAGACACCACCACGUCCACCAUCGAUCCGACGAAAGAUAUUGACCUGGAUGUGGACAACGACCUGGAUGACUACCGCUACGACGUGGAUGAGAGGACGUCUUCCCCCGGUGGCUCAGCCGCCCCCACCGCCUUCUCUCCGGCCUUCACCAUCGCCCUCGGCUUGGCACUCGCGGCUACACUAGCUCGCUAAAUAAUCUUAAAGUUCUUAAAACUUUUCCUGUAGUUUGAUUGUGGGAAAAGAAAAAUGUUUAUGAUUAGAUAUCCUAUAUGAAAGGGAUUCUCAUUAUUAGUUGAUUUAUUAAAACAUUUAAUUCUUCAGAAAAUUCUAGAUUGCUUCAAAAACUAUUGUUUUGCUAUGAGUUGUGUAUUAUUUUUAACUUAGGGAUGAUCAUUUUCUUUUACUUGAUUCUCUUAUAUAAAUUACUACUAAAAUUAGCAAGGAUGUCUUGCAAAAUGCACAUAGUUAAUUCCAGAGUGAAAAUCGUAAUAUGUUAACUGUGCAUUUUGUUUAUUAAGUAAGAAUAUUAUUUUAGCACUGAUUAUCUGGAAUCUUGUGUACAUAGUCUAAUACAUAUGUACCUUUGUGUGUGGCUGAGGAGCUGCAGAGGUUUGGUGAGCAGUGUGUGUGUGUAGCGGUGUGAGGCAAGGCCCCCUCACCCCACCCCACCCCGCCCUCCAGCUGUGUCUGGCACCCUCUUCCUCCCAGUCUGUAGCAUCUUUGCCUUGCUGUGUAUAUAGAAUGACAACAUCAUGGCGAGCAUACUUACACACACACAUAUAUAUAUAUAUAUAUAUAUAUAUAUAUAUAUAUAUAUAUAUAUAUAUAUAUAUAUAUAUAUAUAUAUAUAUAUAUAUAUGUGUGUAUGUGUGUGUCUGUGUGUGUGUGUGUGUGUGUGUGUGUGUGUAUGUGUGUGUGUGUGUGUCAUGAUCAAGAUAACUAUAAUUUUCAUGCAAACAAAAAAAAAUUAUAUUGACGCGUAACAAGUACAUACAUACUAAAUCCCUUCUUCAACUUCUAAAUGUGACAUAUCCAAAGUUUUCCUCCCAGGGCCGCACACUGUACACAUCGGGCAUGUUCUUAAUGGAUCUCCUCCAGCUUGGUAUUGCAGGUUUUUUGCUGCAACAAGUUUUCAAAAAUUUAGCACAGCAGGUCUUACAUAUUUUUUCUAUUUAUGAAGAACUAGACAGAUUUAUAUUUGCUUAUGUUGUGAUACUAAAAUAGUUAAAGAAUUUAAAGCAUUUGAAAAUAUAUACUUGGCAUUUCAACAAUUAAUAAAAUCACACAAACAUAU